CCGGGAGUGUACGCUCUUGUUCUCGUAUGCUCUCUGGCGCGGCGCAUCAACGGCAGCGGCACGGAGCGAAAAGGCACAGACGAGUAUAUUGACUGAAGAAAUGUCGGAAAGUGAGAGCCAGGAAGGUGCCGGGGCGCCUCCGGACGGUAGCGGCAGCCCGACCAAACGUGGAACUUUGCCGUCCGUCGGAAAUAAAGUCACGGUGGUGCUGGGCGCUCAGUGGGGCGACGAGGGGAAAGGAAAAGUUGUGGACCUGCUGGCACAAGAUGCGGAUAUGGUGUGCAGAUGUCAGGGCGGCAACAACGCAGGACACACGGUGGUUGUUGACUCUGUGGAGUACGACUUCCACCUCCUCCCCAGCGGCAUCAUCAACUCCAAGGUCACCUCUUUCAUUGGCAAUGGUGUUGUGAUCCAUCUUCCUGGUCUGUUUGAAGAGGCAGAAAAGAACAAACGGAAAGGAAAAGGCCUGAAGGAUUGGGAGAAACGGUUGAUCAUCUCAGACAGAGCACACAUUGUUUUUGACUUCCACCAAACAGUUGAUGGUGUUCAAGAACAACAAAGACAAGAGCAAGCAGGCAAGAACCUCGGGACAACAAAGAAGGGGAUCGGUCCAGUGUACUCGGCCAAGGCAGCGCGUAGCGGACUCAGGAUAUGUGACCUGUUGGCUGACUUCACUCAGUUCUCCGAAAGGUAUAAAGUUUUGGCGCAGCAGUACACGGCCAUGUAUCCCACUCUGGAGAUUGACAUAGAGGGAGAGCUGGUCAAAUUGAAGGACUACGUGGAGAGGAUCAAGCCCAUGGUGAGAGACGGGGUCUACUACAUGUACAAGGCUCUUCAUGGUCCGCCGAAGAAGAUCCUAGUUGAAGGAGCCAAUGCAGCUCUCUUGGACAUCGACUUUGGGACGUACCCCUUCGUCACGUCGUCUAACUGCACGGUAGGCGGGGUGUGUACAGGCCUCGGCAUGCCGCCACAGAACAUUGGGGAGGUUUAUGGAGUCGUGAAGGCUUACACCACCAGGGUGGGCAUUGGAGCGUUCCCCUCCGAGCAGAGCAACGAGAUCGGCGAACUGCUUCAGACACGCGGGAAGGAGGUGGGCGUGACCACAGGCAGGAAGCGCCGAUGUGGUUGGCUUGAUCUGGUGCUCAUCAAAUAUGCACACAUGAUCAAUGGCUUCACUGCGAUAGCGCUCACCAAGCUGGACAUACUCGAUGUGUUCCCAGAAAUCAAAGUGGGCGUGUCUUACAAAGUCGACAAUGAGAUGAUACCUCACUUUCCCGCCAAUCAGGAGGUCCUGCAGCGCUUAGACGUGCAAUAUGAGACGCUGCCCGGCUGGAACAGUGACACCUCAGCUGCUCGAAGUUUUGAGGAUCUGCCAGUUAACGCCCAGAAAUAUGUCCGCUUCAUUGAGGAACAUUUAGGCGUGCCUGUCAAAUGGAUUGGAGUGGGAAAGUCAAGAGAGUCCAUGAUUCAGCUGUUCUAGACAGAGUGAGGAGAUGAACGAGCAAAGAGACGCUGCAGCAGGA